AAGGAGCCGACAGCGAUCGCAGCUGCCAAGUGGCAGGUCGGGCGAGGCAGGGGACGAGCUCGGGGCACCGCCUGGGUGCCCACCUGCCGCCAGGGCGCACGGAGGGCGCGGGGCUGGACCUGGGCCGCGUGUGCCCGCCCUGGGGCUCGCCGUCCAGCCCCUCUCCGCCCCCGGGAGGGACAAAGGGAGGGCAGACGGCCGGGCCCGCCCCCAGCCCCAGCCGCGGCUGCCAGGGAGAGACUGGAGGCACCACCCCGGAGCGGAGAAACCAGUUUGGCCGGUCCCGGGGAGCGGAGGGAAAAGGGCGGCCGCCGAGGACUGGCGCUCGGACGCGGGGCGGGGGAAGGCGGGGAGCCAUUGGCGAGAGGCGAGAGCCGGAGGAGCCGCCGCCAACUGGACACGCUUCCCGGGGCCCCGGGCCAGCCCCGUGCGCCAUGAAGCGCUAGCGCGGCGGCCAGGGCUGGGGCCGGGCGGUGGCGGCGACAACGGCCAGGUGCGCAGCGAGCGCGCGGAGGGGCGCGCACCCGACGGAUGUCCCAGCAGGGGCCGGCGAGCGCCAGCAGAGAGAAGGGGAACCAUGAAGACCUGGGAGCAGAGUGGCCUAGGCAGAGGGGACUGAAGGCUCCGUGCAGAGGCCCUCAUGAGCAGGUGCUCGGCUCCCGAUUCUUCUGAUGAAGUCAACGAACAGGUAGUUCCAGUUUGCCAGCAGGAUGAGUUCUGAAAGAGACUCAGAAACGACAUUUGAGGAGGAUUCUCAGCCGAAUGAUGAAGUGGUUCCCUAUAGUGACGAUGAAACAGAAGAUGAGCUCGAAGACCAGGGAGCUGUGGUUGAACCAGAACAGAAUCGAGUCAACAGAGAAGCAGAGGAAAACCGGGAGACAUUCCGAAAAGAUUGUACAUGGCAAGUCAAGGCAAAUGAUCGAAGCUUCCAUGAACAGCCUCAAUUUAUGAACACAAAGUUCUUUUGUAUUAAGGAGAGCAAAUAUGCGAGUAACGCAAUUAAAACGUACAAGUAUAAUGCCUUUACCUUUCUACCAAUGAAUUUGUUUGAGCAGUUUAAGAGAGCAGCCAAUUUCUAUUUCCUGGUCCUUCUUAUCUUACAGGCAAUUCCUCAAAUCACGACCCUGGCAUGGUACACCACCCUGGUGCCCUUGCUCCUGGUGCUGGGCAUCACGGCCAUCAAAGACCUGGUGGAUGACGUGGCUCGCCAUAAAAUGGAUAAUGAAAUCAAUAAUAGGACGUGUGAAGUCAUUAAGGAUGGCAGGUUCAAGAUUGCCAAGUGGAAAGAGAUUCAAGUUGGAGACGUCAUUCGGCUGAAAAAGAAUGAUUUUAUUCCCGCCGACACGCUGCUCCUGUCCAGCUCCGAGCCCAACAGCCUCUGCUACGUCGAAACAGCUGAACUGGAUGGAGAAACCAAUCUCAAGUUCAAAAUGGCGCUGGAAAUCACACACCAGUGUCUCCAGAGAGAAAAUUCACUGGCAGCAUUUGAUGGUUUCGUUGAAUGUGAAGAACCCAAUAACCGACUGGAUAAGUUUACAGGAACGCUAUUUUGGAGAAACACAAGUUUUCCUUUGGAUGCUGAUAAAAUUUUAUUACGUGGCUGUGUAAUUAGGAACACCGACUUCUGCCAUGGGUUGGUCAUUUUUGCAGGUGCUGACACGAAAAUAAUGAAAAAUAGUGGGAAAACCAGAUUCAAAAGAACUAAAAUUGAUUACUUGAUGAACUACAUGGUUUAUACGAUCUUUGUUGUUCUCAUUCUGCUUUCUGCUGGUCUGGCCAUCGGCCAUGCUUACUGGGAAGCUCAAGUUGGCAAUUAUUCUUGGUACCUCUAUGAUGGAGAAGACUUUACACCCUCCUACCGCGGAUUCCUAAAUUUCUGGGGCUACAUCAUUGUUCUAAACACCAUGGUGCCCAUCUCUCUCUAUGUCAGCGUGGAGGUGAUCCGUCUGGGACAGAGUUACUUCAUAAACUGGGACCUGCAGAUGUACUAUCCUGAGAAGGACACGCCCGCCAAGGCGAGAACCACCACGCUGAAUGAGCAGCUUGGGCAGAUCCAUUACAUCUUCUCUGAUAAGACAGGGACGCUCACGCAAAACAUCAUGACUUUCAAGAAGUGCUGCAUCAAUGGGCAAAUAUAUGGAGACCAUCGGGACGCUUCUCAAAACAAUCACAGCAAGACAGAGCAAGUGGAUUUCAGCUGGAACACGUUUGCUGACGGGAAGCUUGCGUUUUACGACCACUAUCUUAUCGAGCAAAUCCAGUCGGGGAAAGAGUCGGAAGUUCGGCAGUUUUUCUUCUUGCUUGCAGUCUGCCACACGGUCAUGGUGGACAGAAUUGAUGGUCAGCUCAACUACCAGGCGGCCUCUCCUGACGAAGGCGCUCUGGUGAGCGCUGCCAGGAACUUUGGAUUUGCCUUCCUCGCCAGGACCCAGAACACGAUCACCAUCAGUGAAUUGGGGACCGAGAGGACCUACAGUGUUCUUGCCAUUUUGGACUUCAACAGUGACCGGAAGCGAAUGUCUAUAAUUGUGAGAACCCCAGAAGGCAACAUCAGGCUUUAUUGCAAAGGCGCUGACACAGUGAUUUAUGAACGGUUACAUCAGAUGAAUCCAACAAAACAAGAGACACAGGAUGCCCUGGAUAUCUUUGCAAGUGAGACUCUUAGAACUCUGUGCCUUUGCUACAAGGAAAUUGAAGAAAAAGAAUUUGAAGAAUGGAAUAAAAAGUUUAUGGCUGCCAGUAUAGCCUCAACCAACCGGGAUGAAGCUCUGGAUAAAGUGUAUGAGGAGAUUGAAAAGGACUUAAUUCUACUGGGAGCCACAGCUAUUGAAGACAAGUUACAGGAUGGAGUCCCAGAAACCAUUUCGAAACUUGCAAAAGCUGACAUCAAGAUCUGGGUGCUCACUGGAGACAAAAAGGAAACUGCUGAAAAUAUAGGAUUUGCUUGUGAACUCCUGACUGAAGACAUGACUAUCUGCUAUGGGGAAGAUAUCAAUGCUCUUCUUCACACAAGGAUGGAAAACCAGAGGAACAGAGGUGGAGUCUAUGCAAAGUUUGUACCCCCCGUGCACGAACCUUUUUUUCCACCUGGUGAAAGUCGUGCUUUAAUAAUCACGGGUUCUUGGUUGAAUGAAAUUCUUCUGGAGAAAAAGACCAAGAGAAGUAAGAUUCUGAAGCUGAAGUUCCCGAGGACGGAAGAAGAAAGACGGAUGCGGACGCAGAGUAAAAGGCGUCUGGAAGCCAGGAAAGAGCAGAGGCAGAAGAACUUUGUAGACCUGGCCUGUGAGUGCAGUGCAGUCAUCUGCUGCCGGGUCACCCCCAAGCAGAAGGCAAUGGUGGUGGACCUGGUGAAGAGGUACAAGAAAGCCAUCACGCUGGCGAUUGGAGACGGGGCCAAUGAUGUAAACAUGAUCAAAACUGCCCACAUUGGUGUUGGAAUAAGUGGACAAGAAGGCAUGCAAGCUGUCAUGUCAAGUGACUACUCCUUUGCCCAGUUCAGAUACUUGCAGAGACUGCUGUUGGUACACGGCCGGUGGUCUUACAUAAGGAUGUGCAAGUUCCUUCGAUAUUUCUUUUACAAAAACUUCGCAUUUACGUUGGUUCAUUUCUGGUACUCCUUCUUCAAUGGGUACUCUGCACAGACGGCGUACGAGGACUGGUUCAUCACGCUCUACAACGUGCUCUACUCCAGCCUGCCCGUGCUCCUCAUGGGGCUGCUUGACCAGGAUGUGAGUGACAAACUGAGCCUCCGCUUCCCUGGGCUGUACAUAGUAGGACAAAGAGACUUACUUUUCAACUAUAAGAGAUUCUUCGUAAGCUUGGUGCACGGAAUUUUAACAUCGAUGGUCCUCUUCUUCAUACCUCUUGGAGCUUAUCUGCAAACUGUGGGGCAGGAUGGAGAGGCACCUUCAGACUACCAGUCUUUUGCUGUGACGAUUGCUUCUGCUCUUAUAAUAACAGUCAACUUCCAGAUUGGCUUGGAUACUUCUUACUGGACCUUUGUGAAUGCUUUUUCAAUUUUUGGAAGCAUUGCACUUUAUUUUGGCAUCAUGUUUGACUUUCAUAGUGCUGGGAUACAUGUUCUCUUUCCAUCUGCAUUUCAAUUUACAGGCACAGCAUCAAAUGCCUUGAGACAGCCAUACAUUUGGUUAACCAUCAUCCUGACCGUUGCAGUGUGCUUACUGCCCGUCGUUGCCAUACGCUUCUUGUCAAUGACCAUUUGGCCAUCAGAAAGUGAUAAGAUCCAGAAGCAUCGCAAGCGGUUGAAAGCGGAAGAGCAGUGGAAGCGGCGGCAGCACGUGUUCCGCCGGGGCGUGUCCUCGCGGCGCUCCGCCUACGCCUUCUCGCACCAGCGCGGCUACGCGGACCUCAUCUCCUCCGGGCGCAGCAUCCGCAAGAAGCGCUCCCCGCUGGACGCGAUCAUAGCCGAGGGCACCGCGGAGUACCGGCGGACUGUGGAGAGCUGAUGCGGCGGCGAAGCCGGCGCGCGCGCGCGCGCGCACACACACACACACACACACACAGAUGUCUAUUUUUUUAUGAAAGACUCUCAGGACUUUUUAAAAAAACAAAAACUGAAUUUGUCACGAGGAUGUUAAAGACAACAACUUUUGUAACAAACCACUUGGGCUGGACUAUUGCAAUGGCGAAGCCAAGAAUACCUUUUUCAAAAGUCCUCUUGUUCAACUGCUUGUGUCCAUUAGGCUUCAGAGGGGAUGUCGUAAUCCAGUCUCGAUCUGGGACAACAGAAUUAGAAACUUAUAUUUCAGUGCAAAUGGUACCGCCUUAUAAAAUUACAAUGAGAUCAUUCCUGCCUGGGAUCUUCAACAUACAUAACCGGAGGUUACUUUUUUUUUUUUUUUGCCCCAUUGGGUACCUUCUUAACAAAGACCUUUUAUUUAUAAUGGCCACGACAGAAAAAAUCCUGAAUGUUCAUCACCUGGAAGAUAACGAGCUGCAUGGUUUCAUGUUCUCCUGUUGGGUCAAUCAAGGAAAAUCACUUCACAUUUCAUAAGUACAAGAUUUCCGUCUGCUUCGGUUUACUACCAGGUUAAAAGUGUGCAUCACCUACGUUUACUCUUACUACUGCAUAUUUUAGCCACUUCCUUCCCUCCAUUCUGAAAAGAUGCAUUAAAAUAUUUAUGGACUUUUUUUUUUUUAAGUUCUUAAAAACUAAGGGUAGCCGUGAUAAAUUGUGACUUUGUAACGCUUUCUUUUGAAAAGCAAACUUUGUGCCUGCCUACAUGUGUUUUAAGGGAUUUGAACAGAGACCCCGCUUUUUCACUUGUCUUCAGAGAAAAAAAGGCUGUUGGCAGCCACAUUUCUAACAGAGUAUCCUUUAAAAUUGAAAAUGAUUUUAAGCAAUUAUGAAAACUAUCCUCAAAGAGGCAAAAGUUAUUUUUCUCGAGGCUUUUCACACACUAGUUUUUCACAUGCUAGUUCCCAUAUUCUAGUGAAGAUACAGAAGUGUUGUCAAUAAUUGUGUUCUUUACCAUUAGGCUGUGAAUGUUCACAAUACCUGUCCCUUUGAAUUCCUAUAAGGAAAUCACAACAUGUAUAUCAUUCAUAUUCUAGGAAUGAUGAAAGAAUGUAUGGCUCUUUAUUCUAUGGAAGUAAAGUUCUGGAAGUUUACAACUCUUGUACAUAAACUGUAAAUUGUUUUUCUUUAUUUCUUUGGUAAAGAAAAGUUGCUUGUAUUCUUCUCCGUUUUCUCUCCUGUUUUGUGAAUUGUGGGAAAGGUCGACAACGCAAAUGUGUCAAAGACUUACACUGCUGGGUGCAAUAUUAACAACUGUAAAAUGCAAAUUGCUUUGGAUAAAUUAUUUCUAUAUUCUGUAAAUCAGAUUUAAUGUAUAUUUUUGUUUAAAAAAUAAAUGCUUUAGUAAAAUC